AUGGGCCGAGAAAGACAGAAAAAGAAGAAUCGCUCUUCGAUAUCCAAAGCCAGACCACACUCCAACAGGACGAAGGCUGGGAAGAAAAGGGUGAACUUUUUAGGAAAUGCAACUAUUGCGCAGAAUUGGGAUAGAAAGCUUACCGUAUCACAAAAUUACAAGCGUCUAGGCUUGUCAUCAAGGUUGAAUGGUGCGAGUGGUGGCACUGAGAAAAAACCAGGGCUUGACACCGAGGACGAUGAGAACCAAAAGCGGGACUCUCUUGCCAUUGCCGGACCACGGGCUCUCAACAUGCAGACGACUCAAGAAGUCCAGGUUGAAAGAGAUCCCGAGACCGGACGAAUUGUUCGAGUCAUCAGAGCAGAACCCGAUGAGCGAGACAAUCCUCUGAACGACCCUUUGAACGAUAUUAUGGAUUUCAAUGAUGAUGGCGCUGCGAAAGAUCGUCCGCAAAACAGCAUCGUUGCCCAACUUGAGGCAGAAGCCGCAGCGGAGGAAGAAUUGUUGGCUAAAAAGAAGCAGCCACGGAAGCAAAGUCAACGAGAGGAAGAGUGGAUUGCAAGACUCGUGGAGAAACAUGGCGAUGACACCAAGGCUAUGGUUAGAGAUCGAAAGCUCAAUCCUAUGCAGCAAACAGAAGCAGAUAUAGCUAGGAGGCUGAAAAAAUGGAAGGCAAAGCAGGAACACGGGACGUGA